CCGAUAUGAAUCGUCGCUUAACUCGACUCUACUCGCUUCGUGAUCUUUCUUUUGCUCCUCGAUCGAGAAACGUGAGAUUCUCGCCCCUAGGAAACCGAAAAUUUACGCCACCUGCCACCGGCGGCGGUCAGGACCGUACACGGCGCGGGAUGGAUUCGAAUUCCGGUGAGGAUUUCGUCCACGUGGAGAAUUCCCUGGCGGAUAGCCUUUCUGAGAGCAUCGUCAACGUCGGGAGGGAGGAGGCGGAGGAGAACGACGACGCUUCGACCAGCGUCGCCAGGGCGGAGGAGGAGCAGGAGGAGGAGGCAGGAGAGCAGGGGAGGAAGGUCCUCCCGGAGGAGCUGUCACGGAGCGUGGUGGUGCUGACUUGUGAGUCCGCCGCCGCGAGCGGCGUUUGCGACGUCCACCUCGUCGGAACGGCUCAUGUUUCCGUGGAAUCAUGCAGAGAAGUUGAAGAAGUGAUCAGUUAUUUGAAGCCAGAGGUUGUUUUCUUGGAGCUAUGCUCCAGCAGAGUAGCUGUACUUAGUCCGCAGAAUUUGAAGAUUCCUACGGCGGGAGAAAUGUUAGAUAUGUGGAAGAAGAAUCACAAUGCCUUUGGAAUUCUUUACAGCUGGUUCCUUGCCAAGGUUGCAAGUCAGCUUGAAGUGUAUCCUGGUGCUGAGUUUCGUGUGGGAUAUGAUGAAGCUAAGAAGUAUGGGGGUAAGAUCAUACUUGGUGAUCGUCCAGUGCAGAUCACUUUGCGAAGGACAUGGGCGAAAAUGCCACUUUGGCAUAAGAUAAAACUAAUAUACUCCAUACUUUUUCAAGCGGUCUUUUUACCAGAUACCGAAGAACUUAAUAAAAUGCUAAAGGAAAUGGACGAUGUUGACAUGCUGACUUUUGUGAUUCAAGAGAUGAGUAAGGAGUUCCCAACUCUAAUGGAAACACUUGUACAUGAACGAGAUCAGUACAUGUCAUCGACGUUACUAAGAAUUGCACAGCAGCACAAUUCAGUAGUUGCAGUGGUAGGAAAGGGACACCUCCAAGGAAUUAAGAAGCACUGGAAGCAGCCUGUUGAGGUGACAGAUCUUUUGGAAGUUCCUUCACAAAAAAGAGGUAUUUCUACGAUCAGAGUUCUUAAAUCAUUUGGUGUUGUUGUUGCUGGGGCUGCCAUAAUAUCAGGAAUAUAUCUUGCAUCCAAGAAAUGAGCUCAGAGUUAUUUAGCUAUUUGGCAUAAGUGACCGUGGCUGAUCUACAUGAGGUUGCUAGAUUGCUAGAGGCAAAGUAGUGUAACAUUUGGUUAUUUGUUGUAUAGUGGUUGAAAGUGAGUGCAUAAAAAAUAACCAAGGAAAAGCGUCGUCUGAUGAGCAAUUACUAGAUGUUGGAAGUUUUCGUCUUCAAUUGGUUUGAAACUUUGGAUCCAUUUACAAUCAAACGUUAGAACAACAAUUUUCUUUUUGGUAUAUGUUUACUCCCAAGA